CCUUCCUGGCUGGACAUCCCAUUUAUUUAUUUUUGCCUUUAGCCUGUGCUACUAGGGUCUUAUCCAAGAAGUCUUUGCCUAUGCCAAUGCUUUGCAAUGUAUCUGCCAUAUUUUCCUGUAGUAAUUGAAUGGUUUUAGGUCUGAGAUUUAGAUCCCUGAUCCACUGUGAAUUGAUUUUUAUACGCGGUGUAAGGUAGGGCUCUUGUUUCAUACUUCUGAUACAGAGAUCCAAUUUCUCCAACACCAUUUGUUGAAGAGUAUAUUUUUUCUCCAGGGAGUGAUUUUAGCUUGUUUGUCAAAGAUUAGUUGGUUAUAGUUGCAUGGAUUAAUUUCGGGGAUUUUUAGUCUGUUCCAUUGGUAGACGUGUCAAUAUUAGGGUAUUUUGAUUAUAACUACCCUGUAAUAUGUUUUUUUUUUUUUUUGACAGGCAGAGUGGACAGUGAGAGAGAGACAGAGAGAAAGGUCUUCUUUUGCCGUUGGUUCACCCUCUGAUGGCCGCCGUGGCUGGUGCAAUGCGGCCGGCGCACCUCGCUGAUCCGAUGGCAGGAGUCAGGUGCUUCUCCUGGUCUCCCAUGGGGUGCAGGGCCCAAGCACUUGGGCCAUCCUCCACUGCACUUCCAGGCCACAGCAGAGAGCAGGCCUGGAAGAGGGGCAACCGGGACCAGGCAAUCCGGCGCCCGGACCAGGACUAGAACCCGGUGUGCUGGUGCCGCAGGCGGAGGAUUAGCCUAUUGAGCCGUGGCGGCAGCCCCUGUAAUAUGUUUUGAAGUCAAGCAUUGUAAUGCUUCCAGCUUUAUUUUUAUUGUUUAGGAAUUGCUUUAGAUAUUUGGGGUCUCUUGUGGUUCCAUAUGAAUUUGAAUUUUAGGGUCAUUUUUUUCUAGAUCUGAGAAGAACAUCCUUGGUAUUUUGAUUGGGAUUGCAUUGAAUCUGUAAAUUGCUUUGGAUGGUGUGGACAUUUUGAUGAUAUUAAUCCUUCCAAUCUAGGAACAUAGAAGAGUUUUCCAUUUCUUGGUGUCUUCCUCUAUUUUUUCCUUAAUAUUUUGGAAUUUUCAUUGUAGGGAUCUUCCACAUCCUUGGUUAACUUUUUUUUUUUUUUUUUUUGACAGGCAGAGUUAGACAGUGAGAGAGAGAGACAGAGAGAAAGGUCUUCCUUCCAUUGGUUCAUCCCCCAAAUGGCCGCUAGGGCCGACACGCUGCGCUGAUCUGAAGCCAGGAUCCAGGUGCUUCCUCCUGGUCUCCCAUGCGGGUGCAAGGCCCAAGCACUUGGAUCAUCCUCCACCGCCUUCCCAGGCCACAGCAGAGAGCUGGACUAGAAGAGGAACAACCAGAACAGAAUCCAAUGCCCCAACUGGGACUAGAACCCCGGGGUGCUGGCACCGCAGGUGGAGGAUUAGCCUGGUGAGCUGUGGCGCCAGCCAUUGGUUAACUUUAAUACCAGGUACUUAAAUUUUUUGUAGCUAUCAUGAAUAGGCCUGAUCUUACAAGCUCUUUCUCAGCCAUGGCAUUGUUUUUGUAUAUAAAGGAUAUUGAUUUUUAAGUGUUGAUUUUAUAUCCUGCAACUUUGCCAAACUCACUGUGAGUUCCAACAAUCUCCAGCUCUCCCACAUGGAUGCAGGGGCCCAAGCACUUGUGCCAUCCUCUAAUGCCUUCCCAAGCCAUUAUCAGGGAACUGGAUUGGAAGUGGAGCAACUGGGACAUGAACUAGUGCCCAUAUGGGAUGCUGGUGCCACAGGUGGUGGCUUUACCUGCUAUGCCACAGUGCUGACCCCUUGAGUAAUCUUAUGAUCAUUCUUUUGAAUUCCUUCUCAGGCAUUUUAUCAGUCUCUUCAUCUUCACAUUCUAAUAUUGAAAUAUUGUAUUCCUUUUGGGAAUUCAUAAAUUCAUAUUAUCUCCCUUGUUCAUUUUUCUUGUAUCUAUGCAUUUAUUUUUAGGCAUCUAUAGAAACACUUUCUUUUUCCUGAGGGCAGUUCUCUUUGAAAUAUGCCUCUGUGGCUUAGUGGAGUGUCUGCUCCCUCAGCAGAUACCAGAAGCAUGUGCUGAGUGGGGCCGGGGAGCUCUAGCCAGUGCUUGAGGGUAAGGCAAGAGUCUAGAGUGACACGCUAUUUUGGCAUGGUAGACUCUGUGGUUGGCAGGUGGGGGAAGGUAUGAUUGUGUCUGCUGGCAUAAUCACAGCCUCACCCCCUCUGCCAAGGUGAACCAACUGCCCAGAGUGAGCCCAUAGUGGCUAUACACUCCACCCACACAGGUACAUGAACCACCAGAGGCUCUGUGAGUUCUUCAGUGUGAGCGUGGAACUGUCCGUGGUGACCCACCAUAGGCACUCAGGGAACUCUGAGCCCCUGAAGUCAGACACAGUGAUUGCCCAGAGACCCAGCCACAUCCCAUGCCCUAUUGCACCAUCACAGAAUUCCCACAGUCAUAGCGUGCAGAGCUCCCACAGUCACAGGAAGCAGGGAUCUGCUCUUAGUCCCAUGAGAGCUGAGGCGUUCCCAGAGCCAGGUGCCUACCUUAUAGAAGUUGGUGCUCCACCUUGGCUGGUUGAACCUGGGUGCCUUGAUAGAGUUGGGGGAGGGGAGGGUUUCACAGGCCUAAGUGGGCAUCCUGCCCCUUGCCAGCCCUCUAGGCCAGACUCAAAGUCAGCGGGGAUCGCAGAAUUAUCCAUUUGAUAAAAUCCCGCAUUGCAACUGGGCUGCUGCAGCUUCUACUUGUCUUCCUAAGAUGGCGUUUUCUCUCUGCUAGUUACUGGGUACCCUUGUGGGAGGAUGGGGAGAAAGAAAUGUGCUCUCCCUUCACGGGGUUAGGUGGGCACACUGCCCCCCUGCCCAGCCUCCAAGACGAACUCAAAAUCAGCGUGGUCCACAAGGUUCCCCCUCAGGUAAAAUACCACCAGUGACACGGGCUGCAGCAGGCUCCUCUCACCUUGCUGCAAGGGCAUAGCAUCUCCUCCAGCCACCAGCCUGCUUAACUUUUAUUAUUUUAUUAUUAUUUAUUAAUAAAGCGUGACAGAGAAGGGUGAAUGACCACUUGCUAUGGGAGUUCAGAACCAGAGGCACUUAGUGUGACCUAGGUUGGCCCAACCAUGGAUGAAAUGUGGAGAUUCACGAGGCAGUAGAACAGUAAGUACAAAGGCACUGAGGUGGGGAAGUACCCCGGGGUGAGAGCACUGCCUGAUUCUUCAGAGUUUGUGGUGGGGCUGAUGUGUGCGAGGGGUUUGUGGGUGGCUAGAGCGCUGGAUACCAUCAGAGGAGCGGCAGGAGCCAGGGCUUUUAGGAUCUUGCACACCACACUAAGAAUGCCUGAUUUUGCUUGGGCAGCUUUGAAACAGAGGAGCAGGAUGGGAGUGGGGGGUUGGUAAUAAAAUUACCUCGUGUUUCAGAUAAGUGUUUCUGAAUGGAAUUUGAAGGAAGGCUCAAGAAAGUGACCAACUAGAGGUUUGGAGAAGCAGUGCAGAUGGGAAAUACAGUGAAUGACUCAGGGUAAUAUUUUUAUUUAUAUUCUUGGUGCUUGGUGCCUUGAAGGACCUGUGAUAGACAUAUUUGACAGGCAUUUUUGUAUUCUAGGUAAGAAAUCCAAAGUGUGUAUAAGGAGCUAAUAGACUCCAUUGAAAUCAGAAGUUUGGCUCUAAUUACCUGGGGGAAAGUGAAAGAAUGGAAUGAAAUAGAUCAAAGAAUUGAGGAGAAUAACCUUCUGUGCUCAUGCUAUACCCAGGUCAUGUCUUGGUCAUUGCACCUUUCUUUUUUUGCUGGAAUAAUCUUGCUGUGUGUUGGAGUUUUUAACAGGGCCAACUGUUGCAGAAAGGCAGGCAGAGAAAGAGAGAGAGAGGUCUUCUAUCUGCUGGUUCACUCCCCUGAUGGCCAUAACAGCAAGAGCUGGCCCAAUCUGAAUCCAGGAGCCUGGAGCUUCUUCCAGGUCUCCCACGCAGGUGCAGGGGCCCAAGGACUUGGGUCAUCUCCCACUGCUCUCCCAGGUCAUAGCAGAGAGCUGGAUCAGAAGUGGAACUGCCAGGACUCGAACCAGUGUCCACAUCAGAUGCUGACACUGCAGGUGACAGCUUCACCUGCUAUGCCACAGCACCGGCCCCAGGAGUGUGUUUUGUUUCCAGUAUUACUGCCAUUGCACAGUUUCAGAGGACUCCCUUCAUAUGUCUGUGUUGUUGUGUCUAUACUGUGAGUACUGCCCUUUGACUAGUGCUUCAGCUGUUCCUACUUUGUUGAUCUGGGCAGCUGUGAUGGUAUCUGCUAUGGUUUGUCUGGUUUGACAAAUCAUAUUGAAACUUAGUCCCCAUUAUGAGAUAAUGGUGAGACCUUGGACUGCUGUAGCAGGCCCGGGGGGCUGAGUGAGUCCUGGCUUCCAGCCUAUCCCUUUGAACCUGCACCACCCCAACUCCUGGUCCUCUCCUGCCAACCUCAAUCCCAAGUCAGCCUCAGGCCCGCUCAUUCCUUCCCUGUCCCACCCCCAUCACUGCUGGGGGUGGCUGGGUCCCUGCUACCCACCUCCCACUAUGACUCUAAAGAGAAUUUACAAGGAAUUGAGUGACCUGGCCCAGGACCCCCACCCCCACCGCAGCACAGUGUUCAGCAGGUCCUGUUGGAGAUGAUCUGUUCCCUUGGCAGGCUAAUAUGGGGCCAAAUGACAGUCUCUAUCACAUUGGAGUAUUUUUCUUGACAUUUCAUUUCCCUCUGGAUUACCCCUUCAAACUACCCAAGGUUGCAUUUAUAGCAAGAAUUUACCACCCUGAUAUUAACAGUAAUGGCAGCAUUUGUCCUGAUAUUCUAUGCGCACAGUGGUCUCCAGCAAUAACUAUUUCAAAAGUCCUCUUGUCCAUCUGUUCUCUGUUGUGUGAUCCCAAUCAAUGUGAUCCUUUAGUACCUGAGAUUGCUUGGAUCUACAAAACAGAAAAAAAUUACAACACAACAGCUCGGGAAUGAACUCAGAAGUACACAAUGUAAUUAACAAAACUAUUGGAUAACCUCUACAAAGAAAGAUAAGGGCACUCUGAAAUAGAAAGUCCUUUUGAUUUCCAUUUGACUCUUUCUAUAAGCCCACACCUCAUCUUCCCCUCUGCACAUGUUUACCUAUUCAGCAGUGCUACGUGUUGUACAUACUUGGAACAACAAGCCAGAAAUACUGUACUUCAGUACCAACAUCGCCUUCUAGCCAGCUCUCCUGGCAUAACCUAGGUGUGAGGCUAAAGUCUUUCCUUAUUGGCUUAAAUCUGACUAAUGUCAAGGUGUGAGGGGUGGUGGGUAUGGUGUGUGGUUGGCUAGAAAAGUUCCACUGAUCUGUAGGAGGUUGGUUUUAAGUGGAAUCCAUCUUAACCCACAGCAGUUAUGAAAGGCAAAGUGAAGAACACGAAGCUGCUUCUGUAUUCAUUUUAUUGUGAAGGACUUAAGUCCUAGGUAAAGUGUUGUCCAACCAGAUUAAACUCUAUCCACACCCUGUACUUGAAGGCCUACUUUUAACUGGUCAGCAUUUAAGUGGAUUGGAGCUAUUAGUAUGUGAAGUGUGACAAACUUUGUUCCCAACUCUUACAUCGCCCCACCCCUUCAACCUUUAAAAAAUCCUCUCUCCAUAUUCCUUGGUUUGUAUGUGGUUUCUCAGUUAAUACACGCUCUUAUUUUUCUUAUGUUUUCAACUGCUUAGGUCUAUUUGGAUGUAAGAGUGAAAAUUAACUUGGUGGAAGCACUGGUGAAUAUUUAAGGAUCCAGUUGCUCCUCUGGAGCUUGUCCAGUCAAGAAUGAUUAAUCUGUGUAAUACACUGAUGACUACAUUCAUUAAAUAUUAAAGAAAAGAGAGGUGAUACCUUUCAGAGUUGAUUAGUGUUCUGCCCUUAUGAAUGGAUUAAUCCAUUCAUGCAAUGAAUGAAUUAAUGUUUUAUCUGGAGAGUAGGUGUGCUAUAAAGAACCAGUUUGGCUGGAUCUCUUGCUUACUCCCUGUCUCUCACCAUGUGCAGCCCUGCAGUACUCAGGAGUCUGCCAGCAAGAAGGCCAUCACUAAAUGUGGCCUCUUGACCUUGGAGCAGAACUGUGAGACCAAAUGAAUCUCUUUUCUUACUGACUUACCCAGUCUAUGCUAUUGUAAGCAACAGAAAACUGAACCAAUGGCAAGUGUUUGAUAUGUUCAUUGAAUAAUUUAAUAAAUGAUGCUGCAUAAUCUUGAGCAGCGUAGGAGGAGAAUGGAGUGCAAGAAAGGAGGAAGCAGGGGUCCGUGGGGAAGGACAGCCUAUCGUGGAAUUUCAGGGAAGGGUUUCAGGAAUGGGAGAGGUCAACAGUGACAAAUGCCACAGACAGGUUGGUUAAUUAAGGGUAGUGGAGUAAAAACUGGCAGUUGGGAACCAUUGGUGAUCACUGUCAACAACAGCUUGCGUGGUGUACAAGGGAGGCAGGAAGCACAUUCCACUGCACUGAGGUGGGAAUAGGAAGAAGAGUGGGGAAAAAGCAGUGUGGACUGGUUCCUAAGAGACUGGGUUUGUGAAGGGAUGGGAACAGUUGGUAGUAGUCAUAAAGGGUGGGAAAGCUAGAGGGAGAUUUUCCUCCCUGCUCUUUUUUUCCUCUUCCCUUCUUUUCUUCCUUCCAUUCUUUCUCUUGCUUUCAAGAGGAGAGAAACUGAAGUAAAUUUAUAGACUAAGAAGGAUGCAGUGGAAAGGCCUAGGUUCAAAAUAUAAAAUGAAAAGAAGGGAUACUGACUGAAGAGAGUAAAUAGAAAAGAGGUAAGGAUGCAUGUGGAUAUGGAGAAACUGGAGGAAUAAGUAGAAUGAAAGGAAAUGAGAAAAACCCCAGCCCAGCUCAAUUCUCCUUAUAAAGUGGUGGCCAACGAGUUUGGAAACUUUCUAUAUUCCAAGCAUUGCUAAAAAUACUUUCAUGCAUGUAGCUUGAUAAAUCCUUAUCAUAACUCUGUGGAAUGGAAUUAUUCUCCAAUUUUACAAAUGACACAGAGUGGUUAAGCCACUUUCCAGAGGUUACAGAGCUGAGUGACAGCACAAGGAUGCAGAGCUGUUUGCCAUCUUCUGUACUGCUGAAAAUGAGGGGGAUAAAUAGUACAAAAGAUUUCAAAUCACCAGUGUGCACAAGGAGCAGGCAAAGCAUAUUGUUACUGAGUCACAGUAGGCCCUUAGUUUCUGCUGGAAUUCACAAUUGUGUUGCACCAUUAGUCAGCAAGAUUGAACAAUUUUCUCUUGCAGAACUUCCCUUACCAGUUAUAUGAGUGGAAAUGGUUGAAUUGAUAUGGAAUUUGGGAUUGGUAGCUUGGGUGAAGGUGCCAACAAAAGAACCAUGAGUUCUAGUUCUAAGAAAAAAGAAAAGAGCAGGACCAGCUGAUGGAAUAGGAGAAAGUAGAGCAACAAAAGUCCUAAGAACUCAAGGUGGUUGAGAACCAGGUGCAUUGGGGCCAGCACUGUGGCAUAGCAAGUAAAGCUGCUGCCUGCAGUGCUGGUAUCCCAUAUGGGUGCCAGUUCGAGUUCUGGCUGCUCCACUUCUAGUCCAGCUCUCUGCUAUGGCCUGGGAAAGCGGUAAAAGAUGGCCCAAGUCCUUGGGCUCCUACACCCAUGUGGGAGACCUGGAAGAAGCUCCUGGCUCCUGGCUUCGGAUUGGUGCAGCUCUGGCCAUUGUGGCCAUUUGGGGAGUAAACCAGAGGAUGAAAGACCUCUCUCUCUCUCCCUCUCCAUCCCUCCCUCCCCUCACCCCCCACCCAGCCUCUCCUUAUCUCUCUAUGUAACUCUGACUUUCAAAUAAAUAAAUAAAUCUUUCAAAAAGAAAAAAAAGAAAACCAGGUUCAAUAGGUGUUAGGGAGGUGGAGACUUGUGGAGGAUAGAAGCUUGGGAUAGAGAAGGAUGCUUAAUUGUCACAACAACUGUAGAUUUUAGAAGUGGUGGCUGGCACCUGUGAUGAUAGGUUGAUGGUGUGGCUUUGGGAAUACAUGACUGAAAUGGAUUGGAGGUGAAUCUUAUGGGAAAUAAGGUGAUCAAAGUUGAGGCUAAAAUCAUCAGAGACAUUGCUAGGUAUUGACAAGGCCUACUUCUCAGUGGAGGAUGGUGCCCGGUAGCUCUAAGGACUGGUCUAAACUUUAGAAGGCUGCAGAUCAAAUGUGCAUGGUUGAAGGGGAAGUUAGAAAAGGUUCCCUGGUAUUUGUGUACAAUGAAGCUCAGUAUCUCAAUAAACCACUGUCAAAGAGCAGUUAAACAGAUUACAUUUUUCUGUAGUUUUUUUUUAAAAGAUUUAUUUAUUUUAUUUGAAAGGUACAGUUACAGAGGGAGAUACACACACACACACACACACACACAUAUCUUUGAACUACUGGUUCACUCCCCAGUUGCUGUUAUCAGCUGGGACUGGGCAAGGCUGAAGCCAGGAUCCAGGAAGUUCGGUCUUCCACAUGGGUGGCAGGGCCUCAAGCACUUGGACCACCUUCCGCUGCUUUUCCAGGUGCAUUAUCAGGGAGCUGGAUCAGAAGUGGAGCAUCUGGGACUUGAACCAGCACCCAUAUGGGAUACGGUCUUGCAGGCAGUGGCUUAACCCGCUGUCCCAUAAUGCGGGUCCUUUACCUAUAGUUUUUGAAAAAGAACUUGAAGUGUGAAUUGGCAAAGUAACACAUUGCCUGGGUAACUUUGGAUGCUUUAGCAAAAUCAUCAGUAUUGCCCUGGGAAGAAAAGACUCCAUUCCCUGAUGAAAUCCCCACUUCCUUCUCCUCCCUCUUUCUUCCCUCUUGGUUGUGUGAGAAUAACACUCUCUGGGCAGAGAGAGGCAGCUGAAGAUCAUCAGGCUUCCAGAUGUGAAGCUGUGUUAUGACUUGUGUGGGUGGGGGUCGUGGGAGCAGGGCCGGAAGUUUCAGUGGGACUCAGUGUGGUGUCGCCUGUUUCUAUAGUUAGCCACAUGAUGGAAAACCAGCAACAUAUUCUCUUUGUACAGCUGGACAUAUCAUUGUCUCCUUUUUUCUUCUGCCCAUGUAGGAUUCAGAAAGUCAAAAUUAGAUCUACUGUGAACUUACAAAGCUCCAUAUGUGAAGAUAGGGAGCUGCUGCAUAGGGAUAGACUAUGAGUACCGGGUCUGAUAUGUGAGUGGCGUGAGUAGAUAAUAUAUCCAGCAGGAUAUUUUUGGGUGUAAGGGACUCAGAUGGACUUGGCCUGGUUUCAAUCAUAAGGCCAAGAAUUCCCUCAUGUAGUAGGAAGUCCAGGAGUAGAACGUCUGCGCUCUGGGUUUCCUUCUUUCUGAUUUUCUUGGCUCUGUGUGGCCAUAUAUUGAUCUCAUUUUCAACCUGAUUCCUUCUCCUUGUGGGCCCAAGAUGGCUACAGCAGUUUAGAGAGUCAGUCUAAGACAGGAACUGUAUGUGGAAGACAGAGAUGACAUCUCCAUGUCUCCUCAGCAGCAAGGGAACCAAUCCCUGGGGCUUCCAGAAGAUUCUUCUUCAAGUUGUUGAUGGCUAGUAACCCAUGUGCAAGGUAGCAUUCUACACCAACCUUGAAUGCCAACAGGAAGUCACUGGGCAGCAAAUUCUUCCAAGGUCAUAUCUUGGCUGUUGGAGUUACUUGGAAGAGAAGAAAAAGGACUGACACCAUG